AUGAGGGUAAUGACUUCUUUGGAUAUUUGUGCAGUGUUGAAGGAGAUAAAAGAGGCGAUAGUCGGCGGUUCUGUUAUCAAUCUUUAUGAUGUAAGCAAAAAGGUAUACAUACUAAAAGUUUCCAAUAGAGAUUCUAAAUUUUUUCUGUUGUUGGAAGCUGGGAGCAGAAUCCAUUUGACACAAUUUAUGCGAUCCAAGGAUUCCAUGCCUUCUGGCUUCACCAUGAAGUUGAGGAAACAUUUGAAAGGCAAGAGAGUCAGCAAGGUUAGGCAAUUGGGGUUGGAUAGGGUUGUGGAUAUAGUUUUUGGUACUGGAGACUACGAGCAUCACUUGAUCAUACAGUUUUAUGUCUCCGGUAACAUAUUUUUGACUGAUAACGAAUAUAAAAUAUUAACAUCACUUAGACAACAUGUUCCAGAGCUUAAGCAAUCAAAUUCUAACAUUUACCCAAUCCCAGCUGUUUCUAACGAACUACCAAUAAAUCCGGACCUUUGUGGCAUUUCAGUUGAUAAUGUCAAGAAGUUUUUGAAAGUCGGGAAUUAUAUGAUCACUGAGAUGAAACGUAUAAUGCCUUACCUUAAUACCUCCAACAUCAAGCAAUUUAUCGUUCAUAACGAGCAAAUUAGCGAAGAUAAUAUUGACCAAUGUGCAGAGCGUUUAGUUUGUGCCAUUUUAAAGAUUUCAGAGCUAUUGGAGACUUUAAAGAAGGGGAAUAAUGGUGGAUACGUUACACUAGAUCCAAAGUAUGUAAACUCAAGUUUAGAUUGUAUACCCGCAACUGCAUUAAUCGAUUAUUCGCCAAUUAUUGCUGAAAUAGACACCAGAAAUUGCGUUAGUUUCAAUUCCUAUAAUGAGUGUCUGGAUUUUUACUUUGGUAAAUUUGAGACUUUUGAAAAGCCCACUAAAAAACCAUCAAAGGCGGAGAAGAUAAAAAUUGAUCAGGAAAAGCGCAUUUCAAACAUGAAAACACAGGUUCAAAUUGCUGAAAAGAAUGCAUAUUUGAUCGAUAAACACUCAGCACUGGUCGACGAAUGCAUAUCAUUAAUGCGUACAUUAAUUGCCACAGGCAGUAGGUGGGAUGAUAUAUGGGAUGAAAUUGAAUUGCAAAAACAAAUGGGCCACGAAAUCGCAAUAUUGUUUGACAGAGUGGAUUUUAAAACAGGAGAGAUAUUUUUAAGUCUAAAGGAGAAUUCCGAUGAUGAAGACGUCUGUAUAGUGCCCGUAUCAGUUAACCAAUCUGUAUUUAGUAACUUGAGGGGAAUACACAAUAUGAGGAAGAAUAUACUAGCUAAGAUAGAUCGUACUGGUUUAUCAAUGGCUAUGGCCAUCAAGAAUGUCCAAAAAAAUGAUAAAACGCCGAAUAAAUCGGAUAAGUCAAGCACUAAGCAGGUGGAACGUAUAAAGGUGAAGAAACGAUAUUGGUUUGAGAAAUUCAAAUGGUUCAUUUCAUCAGAUGAUUACCUCGUAUUAGCUGGAAGAGAUUCCAUACAAAAUGAAAUAUUGGUGAAACGUCAUAUGGAAAGCAAUGACAUUUACAUACACGCAGAUAUUCACGGUGCCGCUAGUUGCAUUGUCAAAAAUAAUUCUAGCGAUCCAAUACCUCAAAGGACACUAAUAGAGGCCGGGCAAUUCAGUGUUUGCAAUUCCAGUGCUUGGAAAGCGAAGUUCAUGACCAGUGCCUGGUGGGUUGAGAGCUCUCAAGUCAGUAAAACACCAGAAACAGGAGAAUAUCUGCCCUCUGGUAGUUUCGUCAUUAGAGGCAAAAAGAAUUUUUUGCCGCCAUCUAAGUUGGAAAUGGGUCUUGCAGUUAUCUAUCUAAAUCAGUAUCUUGAUCAGGACGGUGCAAAUGAGACUUCAAUUGGAUAUUGCACAGGCAUUGUACAUAAUGAUGUUAUAACUAGAGAAAACGAUGUCUUACCAAAUAACAUCGAUGGGGUUCAAAAUAUAACGAAUGAUAUAAAAGAAGGAAUAGCAUAUCAGGCCGAAGUUGUGGAAAUUAACGCAAAUGACAAAUCGCAAAAGGGAGCAUCAUUCACAGUUCAACGUAUCGCUAAAGCAUCCAAUAUAGUUGGGAAGAAGAAAAGCGAUGGAAAGUUGGUUAGGGGGCAGAAAUCCAAGAAAAAGCGCAUGAAGAAGUACGAAGAUCAGGACUCUGACAUUGAGGAAAUAAGGAUGAUGCUUAUGGGUAGUAGCAAGCCAAUCAAACAUAAAUCGCAGCCAGAUGAACAAAUUGUGGAGAAAAAGCAAAGUGUCAGAGAGGAUAUAAUUAGGAUAGAAAAGCCCUUUUACAGGCCUCCUCCAUUCACCACCGCUCUCAUUUCUAAAGUAUCCUAUACAGAUCAGUCCACUGAUGCAAGCUUUGAAGAGGCGAAUUUGACUAUCCCGGCUAGUACAGAUAGCCACAGAACGAAUGAUGAGACUGCUUGCGGUGAGAUAGGAACCGCUAAGACAGAUGACAGGGCCGAUAAUGUGCCCUUCCAGUGUGUGGUUAUGUGCGGGCCAUGGGAGGCGAUUUGCCGGUACAGGCUGAGAAUAAAGCUUUUGCCGGGUAACGGCAAGAAGGGUCAAAUAGCAUCAGAAGCUUUGAACAGCUUUAAAAAAUCUGAAGUGGAUGAAUACCGGAGGGGAUUGUUGGGGCAGAUGAAGAUGGACGAGCUGAGUUUGGCGAUUUUGGGGAAUUGCAAGGUAGACAAGCGAUGCAAUGGUUAG